AUGGCUUCAGGUUACGAUCGCGCGCUUUCCGUCUUCAGUCCUGAUGGCCAUGUGUUUCAGGUCGAAUAUGCCCUCGAAGCUGUCAAACGGGGAACAUGCGCCGUCGGCGUCAAAGGCCAAAACAUCGUGGUGCUUGGGUGUGAAAAGAGGUCGGCCAUGAAACUUCAAGAUACAAGAAUUACACCUUCGAAGAUCGGACUCAUCGAUACCCAUGUCUGCCUUGCUUUUGCUGGUCUCAAUGCCGAUGCCCGAAUAUUGAUCGACAAAGCCAGAUUAGAGGCGCAAUCACACCGACUGACGGUGGAAGAUCCCGUCACAAUUGAAUACAUCACCAAAUAUGUAGCUGGCGUACAGCAAAGAUACACUCAAAGUGGUGGCGUCAGACCUUUUGGUAUCAGUACUCUGAUCAUUGGCUUCGACAAGGGCGACAAAGAUCCAAAGUUGUACCAAACCGAACCUUCAGGAAUCUAUUCUGCCUGGAAAGCCAAUGCCAUCGGACGAUCGAGCAAGACGGUACGCGAGUUUUUGGAACGAAAUCACAAAGAUGAUAUGGACCGAGAAGCCACCAUUUCGCUGACAGUGAAGUCACUUCUCGAAGUCGUGCAAACAGGAGCAAAGAAUAUUGAAAUCGCCAUCAUGGCCCCCGGAAAGACCAUUGAGAUGCUCCCUUCAGAACAAAUCGAACAAUAUGUCAAGACAAUCGAGGCUGAAAAGCAAGAAGAACAAGCAAAGAAGAAACCAGGAAGACCAGGUGCCUCAGGUACUGCAUCUCUUCCAACACGGCCAUUAGCAGAGGGCGAAGGUGGAAGGGAUAUCUGA